AUGGCAAAUUACGAAAAAAUCGAAUUAAAUAAAGUAAAUAAUAGAUUAGAUGAUGCAGAAGAAUAUAAUUUGACUCUCUUUAAUGUUGGAAAGGAACAUCCUUAUUCAGAAUACGUUAACAAUCUCAAAAUUCCAGUACAACCCAACAAUGGUGAUAAAUCACCUUCUUUCCUUUUACACAACUUACCAGAAGCUAAUAAUGAAGGGAUAAUAAAUGGUGGUUAUGUUAACAAAAAUUAUAUGAAUAAGUUAAAGGAAAAGGCUAUAAGUCAGAAAUGGUUUAUUAUGCUUGGAACCUCUGGAGGUGGAAAGACUCAUAAUUUAUUUGAAUUGCUAUGUCAAGUGUAUGGUAUCUAUUUUACAAUGCUUGCAGGUCAUGACAACCCUGGAUCCAAAGACUUGAAUGUGGCUAUCCAUGAAAUGGGUCAUGAAUUUCAGAAAGAUGAUCCAAGGGCAAAUACUGAUAUGGCUCUUAAGUAUAUUCAUUGUGCAUUGGCAGCUCAUUUGUUUAUUUUGUCAAAACUUCUUAAAAAAGCUAAAGCUCAAGGAGAGUUUUUAGAGCCAAGAAAGUGGUUGUUAUUACAGAUUUUACCCUCUAAUAUUGACAUAGGACAUGAUGAUUUUUGGGUAGAGCUUUCAAAAGUAUUUCAAGAUUAUACAAAUAAUGAAAUUGAAAAUUUUAUAAAAAAUAAACUUCAAAAAAUAGAAAAAUUAACUAACAGCAUUAAUAAUCAAAAACGAAUGCCAGUUAUAUUUGAUGAAACUCAAAAUGCUAUUGAAGUAUACAAAGAUAAGUUUCAUUCAUCAGAUCAUAACACUAGAAGACCAUUGUAUACAAUUUUACUUCGUUCAAUUGAAUGGCUUUAUAUGAAUAAUGUUAGUGUCAUCAUGUCUGGGACAGGAUUAAAAGUGGAAGCCAUUGAGAAGAGUUCAGGUAGCUUUGUUGCUAAAUCAGGUGGACUUCUCAUUACUGAUGAUUUUUUUGGUGUUAUUGGUGGAUUUAAGAAUAUAAAUGAAAUGCAUGGCUUUAUCCAAAAUUUCUUACCCUUAUCAAAAGAACAAUUGGAAAAAAUUUUUAUCAUUAUACAAGGCCGAUAUCAUUUUACUAUUAAGUUUCUGGAAGUUAUAUUCAAAAAUGAAGAACAUUGCACAAUUGAUGAUGGAAUAGAAAGAUGGUUACACUUAACAAAACAAUAUAUUAUAACAUCUUUAGAAAAAACAAUUGAAAAAUUAAGUCAUAAUAUAGAUAUAUGGGAAACUGUAAAUAAUAUGGUGAUUAGCUAUUAUUACUAUGGUCAUCCUGUUAUUUUAAAAAAGGAUUCAUUGAAGAUCAUUGAAGUUGGAUUUGGAGAGUUAGAAAGCAUUCAACUGGAUACAGAGCAAGAAGGAAUAACAGCAUUUGUACAACUAUCAGAUCCACUAUGUGUUAUGGCAUUCAUUAAAUAUAUGGAAUCAAAAGAUGAAUAUUAUAAUCCAUUGUUAAAAGAAAUGUGUCAUAAUUUCCAAUUUCCAUCACACUGUGGUCAACUUUUUGAAAUAUUUUUAAUAACACCACUUACACGAAUGUUCAAUGAAAGCAUUUUAUCAAAUAAUAAUAUUGUUAAAAAGGACAUUGGCAUUGAUCAAUGUCCAGAAAUUUUUUCCUAUCCUAUAACAAUUGUUAGACCAGACCAUAAAAUAAUUAUUUGUGAACAAAGUGAUGAAAAUUUUGGUCUGGAUCAAUUUCUUGAAUCUCCAAAUUCCACAUUCUUUGUUCCAGAAGACACAGCUGGUCCAGAUUUGGUUUUUAUAGUUCAAUUUAAAGGUCCUGAUGAAAAUUAUAUAGAUGUACCAGUUUUUGUUCAAGCAAAACUAUCAGUGAAUAUAAAACCAGUAAAAGCAAUUAGAACAACAGAUUCUAGUGCAUUUUAUGCAUACCAAAAGAAAGAAAAUGAAUUAGGUGAUGAUGAACCAAAUUUCACAAAUGAGCCACUUGUAAACCAAGAAAAAAGAAAGAAAAUUAUUGAAAUUAUUGGUAAAAAGUUUAAGAAAACAAGAAACAAUGGUAUCUUUUGGAUUCGAAUCUUGGUUGCAUAUCCAGCAAAAGUUCAACAAAAAAGCUACUGGAGAAGUAUUGAUAAUAAACGUACAGGUACCCAUAUUUCAGAAUUAAUGAUCACAAUUGAUAAUGAUGAAGCAAAACAUUUUUUCAAGCAAGAAGAAUUGAAUAUCUUGAAUGCUUUAAAGAAACGUAAAGCUGAAUAUAUCACAUUUAAAGAGAAAAUG